GCAAUGAAUAUGAAAUUGAGUUUAAUUGCUACCACUUCACACAGUAAGUCACCACCGCUAUAUCGGGGUUAGCAGUAAUAAUUUAAAAAUGCUUCAUAAAGCCAGUCUUCCUCCUCUUUGUUCCCUAGUCAUGCCUGUACAGUAGUAUGAAACGGGCGGGUGGGCCUGCGCACAGCCCGGACACGCCGCUAGAUGACAGCACUGUCUAACCAAUUAGCUUGUGAAAAAUAGCAAUAUUCCCAACUCCAUAUCGCAAGGAUGUGGACUGUCCCUUCCUGUUUUAGUGCCGAGAGAGCCACCGUACCGACUCGCACUGGAGCAGGAAUACAGGCACUCAUAACGCGAUUAUGUCGGGAUUUUCACUGUGUUUGUCAAACACACGGAGCGUUUUCUUCCGCCGUGGGGUGUACCGGGUUAUGUUUUAGGGAAUGCUGUUAUGUUAUUCUCCGGGUAGCUGGUAACAUAGCAGGCCUGUUUAUUGCGCUGCCAACCCUUGUUCCUUUCCUGUGUCAAUGAUUGUCCUCCCCUCACUCUCAUGGCGGAGACUAAAAUAAUAUAUCACAUAGACGAGGAGGAGACCCCUUAUCUGGUCAAACUGUCCGUUUCUCCGGAGAAAGUCACCUUAGCGGAUUUUAAAAAUGUCCUCAACAACCGUCCGGUCAACAGCUACAAAUUCUUCUUCAAAUCGAUGGACCAGGAUUUUGGGGUUGUCAAAGAAGAGAUUUCCGAUGACAACGCCAAGCUGCCCUGCUUCAACGGGAGAGUAGUGUCCUGGUUGGUCCUGGCAGAGAGUGCCCACUCUGAUGGAGGAUCUCAGUGCACAGAGAGCCAUCCAGAGCUGCCCCCUCCUCUCGAGAGAACAGGGGGCAUCGGAGACUCACGGCCCCCCUCCUUCCAUGCCAAUGCGGUGAGCAGUCGUGAUGGCCUGGACACCGAGACGGGAACCGAGUCUCUCCUGAGCCACCGCAGAGAGCGAGAGAGAGAGCGGGCACGGAGGAGAGCGAGAGAAACUGAGCUCCCUCGCAUCAACGGUCACUCGAAAUCAGAGCGCACCGCAAGGGACUCGGCCAUGGGUUACGACAGCGCCUCAGUAAUGAGCAGCGAGUUGGAGUCCAGCUCAUUCGUUGACAGUGAGGAAGACGAGGAUGCUAGCAGGCUCAGUAGCUCCACAGAACAGAGUUCUUCUUCACAGCUGAUGCGCAGACACAAGCGCCGCCGACGGAGGCACAAAGUGGCCAAAAUAGACCGGUCUUCAUCCUUCAGCAGUAUCACAGACUCCACCAUGAGCCUCAACAUCAUCACCGUCACGCUCAACAUGGAGAAAUACAACUUUCUAGGUAUCAGUAUUGUUGGUCAAAGUAAUGACCGAGGAGACGGCGGCAUCUACAUCGGCUCCAUAAUGAAAGGAGGCGCAGUGGCUGCUGAUGGGAGAAUAGAACCUGGAGAUAUGCUCCUUCAGGUGAAUGACGUAAACUUUGAGAACAUGAGCAAUGACGACGCAGUGAGGAUCCUCAGAGAGAUUGUUUCCAAAACCGGUCCUAUUAGUCUUACUGUUGCCAAAUGUUGGGACCCGUCUCCACGAAGUUACUUCACCAUCCCUCGUGCUGAGCCAGUGAGACCCAUUGACCCAGCAGCCUGGAUCUCACACACCACCGCCCUGACGGGACCUUACCCCCACUAUGGUAAAAACAACCAACCACCUCCUCCAACACACUCUAUGAAGCAUCCAUUCUGUGAGUUUGAUGACUUGCCUCUGUCUGCAAGUAAAACAGACAUGGCAACCAUCGUGAAGGUGAUGCAGUUGCCCGACUCUGGCCUAGAGAUCCGAGACAGGAUGUGGUUGAAGAUCACCAUCGCCAAUGCCGUCAUCGGUGCUGACGUGGUGGACUGGCUUUACUCCAGAGUAGAAGGAUUCAAGGACCGGCGGGAUGCGAGGAAGUACGCGAGCAGUCUGCUGAAACAUGGCUACCUGAGACACACCGUCAACAAGAUCACCUUCUCCGAGCAGUGCUACUAUACCUUCGGAGACCUCUGCCAAAACAUGGCGUCACUCAAUUUAAAUGAGGGAUCCAGCGGCGGAGGCUCGGAGCAGGACACUCUGGCACCGCUCCCUCCCACCAGCAAUCCCUGGCCCCUGGGCGGGCAGCCAUUCCCCUACCCUCCCUUUCCCUCCGCACCCCCCAGCUUCCCCCCAGGAUACUCAGACCCAUGCCACAGUUUCCACAGUGGGAGCGCAGGCAGCCAGCACAGCGAGGGAAGCCGAAGCAGUGGAUCCAACCCCAGCGCAGGCAAAGGUAGACGCUCCUCUCCACAGGAGAAGGGUCAACGGUCAACAUGCAGCGAAUCAGAGCCCCGCAUUCAUGGAGGGAGGCGCGGUGAAAGGUCCGCUAGCCAAAUGAGCCAUCACAGCCACGCCGUCUCCAGUCACAGCCACGCCGUCUCCAGUCACAGUCACGCCCGAUCAAGUCUCAGUCACAGUCAGUCACACAGGAGUCACUCUCACUCACAGAACAGCCACCCCUCCUUCACCUACAGCCACGCCCCCUUCACCCAGCCGGGGCCGGGCUCAUGUGCCCACAGCGAGCGAAGCCAUGCCUCCUCCUACGGACCCCCAGGCUUGCCUCCCCCUUAUUGUCUGGGCCGUCUGGCCCCCAAGACCUCAGUCAGCAGCAGCACGCCCCCUGGAGCCCCUCCUGGGAGAGAGUUAGCAUCCGUUCCUCCUGAGCUUACCGCCAGUCGCCAGUCCUUCCAGCAUGCUAUGGGCAAUCCCUGUGAGUUCUUUGUUGACAUCAUGUGACAGGACAGUGCCUUCAAAACUCAUCAAGCACAAAACAAUUAUCCUCGAAACCCACUCAGCCCUUUCUUUCCUGCCUCUCAAUCUUUUUUGCCUCUGACCAUCUCGUCUCUAACUUCAUAAUGUAGACACUUACUGGCCCUGUGCGUAAGCCCCCCCCUGCUAGCUGUCUAUCCCUCUGAUGUCCCAGCAAAGGAAUACAGGCAGCAAGAGCACAACAGGAGGGAGGCCUCUCACACAAGCACAGAUCCUCUGUGGCUGAAAACCCUCUUUUGUAUUGACGUGACGUGUACAGUUUGUGAAACGUGAGUAGUAUUCAAUGUGGUGAUUCUUUAAAUCUGCCACACAGACAUUCUCCGGAGUGUGUACUCUACCUGGGAUAUUUUCUCUCCUGCAAGACCUUUAAGCUGCUGGGCCUGGAUCUCAAUCCCCCAGACCCAGGCCGACACCGACAGCCCGCACUUAGGAACAUUUCUUUGGGCCGAGAACUUGUAAUUUCUUUCCUGACUCAAAUUUAGCACGUUGCACCAAACCUCCGGCCCCAGUUCCUUUAUACUGUGGCGUUACCACCGGCUUAUUUAAGCUCCUACCUGCCAACUACUAAAACGCUAACCUCGAUCAGUUCACAAUCCGUGGAUUUCUUCAACUUUAUAAUUGAGGCUCUGUAGCCAGCCGUUGGUUUAACUAGGCUGCAUCUUGCAUGACUGUCUCAACUGCUUUAAGGAAAAGAAAUGUAUUAAUACAUUUUGUUUAAAGUAUUACCGUUAUUGGGGGAAGUUGUUACCUCUUGCCAAUGUUCUAAAGGAAGAAUCCGUACACUGGAUGAUUUUUGUGAUGUUAUUUAUGUGAUCAUGUUGCGUUGAUGGUGUCAUACUUUGUCUACUAAGGCUGGCUGACAGACAAUCAGACAUCACCCUUUGUGAUUCAGUGGUCGAUUUCCGCUGUCCUAGCUGUGCUUUGUGGAAUGUAUCAUUAUUCCCGUCAGUGAUUGAACCCUGACAUUCAUACCACUUUGGUUUAAACACAUUUAAGUAAGCAAGUCAACUUACAAACAGGAUUGCAAACAGUGGACACCCACCACAGCUGUGAAAGCAAACUCAAAGUGUUGACAGGAGGUAAACCAGUUUGCUCAAAGCAUCGCGGUUGUCUGCUUCGUUAAAAAGUUGUGCGAUAAAAGCCAAAGCCUCUCACUGUUGUGGAUAUGUCUUCUUAAUGUAGGCGCUGUCUGUGAUGAUUACCAUCUGACACUUCUCAUUUUACAACUUCAAAGUGACUUCAAGGGGAAUCCUGGCCUUCAGAUUCUGACCUCCUUGCAAAAAUAAUGGAAAACCCCUGUUAGUAUCUACCGAAAAUCUAGUUACAAGAAGGACUUAACACACAGAUAGUAGUUUUAUGAGCACUUUUCCAUUCUGUCUCUCCCUCCCUUUAGUAUGAAACACUGUUUGCAAUCAAAGCUUUCUCUUUAAUUUUGUUUCUUUACAAAAAAAGAAUAAAUUGUACAUAGAAAUUUAUUAUAUAUAUAAAUAAAAAAUAUAUAUGUUCAAAAUGAUGUCUACAUUUUCCAAUGAUAAUCCCCCAUGAGGUUUUAGAAAGUGAAAAUUCUCAUCCUAAAAUAUACUUUUCUCUUUUUUUCAAAGGACCACUAGAGGGAGACAUUCAAUGUGUAAUUUACUUCUACUAACGACACUUAAAUUCUAGUUUGAUACAGAAAAUGUAUUUUGGCAAUAAUUGCGAAUUUGAAUUACGUACACAAAAUUUUUAAUAUUAAGUUGACACAAUCACGUAGUCUUCUCAAGACUUGACAUCAAGUAGACAUUUACAAAAAAACUACAGAUGAACUGUAAGAGGCGUGAUAUCGUCACAACUCCAAAUGUGUUACCCCCACAUCAUUUGAGUUAACAGUUAACACCCCUGAGUGGAACUUCUCAGCACCAGCACUGCUGCCUGUACUUUCCCAGUGGGCUGAAGUUACUCUCAAAAAGCUUCAAACGUAUGCUAACCCCAUAUAGACCCCACUGUCUGCUUGACCAGCCAACCACAGCUUUUUGAAGACAAGUAACACUACACUCCCCCACAUGAGAGGAAGUGUUAUAAGAAGCAGGAAGGAAGUGAUGUCAGAGCCUUAUAAUAACACCCUCGCAUGCAGACGUAGAUUAAACAGUACCCUGCUAAAGAAGCAGCCCUCAGAAGAACACGGUGGUCUGUGUUCGCCUGCAUUAUGUUCACAAUAUGGAGCAUUAUGUCAAAUGAAAAUGUAGUUUUGACACAGAUUUCUCUCACUGACAUAGUUGCAGUUUGACUAUGACUUAGGCUGAUGUCAGCCUACAUGCAAAUACACACACACACACCCACACACACUCAUUUACCAGCAGAAUGAAUGAAUAUCAUUACUACUCUACUUAACGAACAAAACUAUUUCCCAAGUCAGUAUGUUAAUUGAGCUUCUGGGGUUUACUGUGCUUCAAAGCUGAAUGUAGGGGGAGGUUUAAGGGUAAGUGUGGGAGGCGUUUCUUGGCCAAGGAUACGUAGGUGGAUGAGCUGCUGACUUUUGACAUCACAGUCUCAGGUAACGUGGGUAUGCCUGUACAGUAGGCGAGCCAUGGUAGGCUGAGAAUGACGCGUUAGAAUGUCAAAGCCGAAAUCUGCUAAAUGUCAUUCAAGUAUCGUAUGACCGUGAUGCACGAAAAACAUGACGCAGCAGGUGGCUCUUGUGGUUUCACAUUGUUAUUUGUAUGUGAAUUGAAAAAGUAAGAAUAAGAUACACCAUCAUUAAAUAACCUUGAGGAGAUGGAUGUCAUCUACCAUCUCAUCAUUAGUCACCAAAUUUCCUGUAUUCCCAAAGGUCAAAGCAUUUACUGUCAGGAAAUGCCCGUUCCCUUUUUGAAAUAAACACUAUGAACUAGUGUUGGAAUGGACACACCAUUAAUCAUAAAACUACAGCUACUCAUUAAAUGAAUAACCUCUUGAAAACCCCACUUUCACUUUAGCACAAUGAAAUGAUGCAGCUCCUCCCGCUUCCAACUCGUCACAUACUGAGUCUCCUGACUCGUCACACAAUGCCGCUCUGUCUGGUUAGGCUUGAACUAACUAUGAAAACUAAGUAAAACGUAAACAACAUCGUACAGAGUACUAAGUACAUAAAGCAUGUCACAAACAUCACUUACAUAACUUCCAAACAACUCAAUGCCGCUCUCUAAUACAGGCAUCCUGGCUGAAAGUCCUGCGUUUUAUUUGACUCAUUCACCUCCACUUCCUCUGUUAUACUGUGUCGUCACACGCAUUUUCUGUUAAAGUCUAAUAAUGAAGCGGUGCUAAAGGGUGCCUUGUGACUUUGGUGGCAGACACUGGAGGGCAUGAGAACAGGCUGGCACACUACUCAUGCUGCACUUUUUGUUUCGGUUUUCUUUGGUUCACUUUGCUGUGGUUUCUAUUAUAGGGAAUUAAAAGACAUAAUAAUAAUAAUAAUAAUAGGUGAUUAUUGCAAAGAGGGGGAGUUUUUUAAACUUUUCAGACACUCGUGACAUGACUCAUCAGCAUCAAUCCUUUUUGUGACUGAUGUCAUGAUACGCUGAGACAAUGAACAAAAGCAGCAAAGCUUUGUUUAGCAGACUAUGCAGUUCAAACGAAUAAAAUACAAUUGAACAAUGCAUUUGACACAUCAAAGUCAAUAAAAGUACAGUUCGUUUCACUUUUAGUACCGGUACAAUAAGUAAAACUAUUAUUGUACAAAAACAGUGGUACUGAAAACAUAUCAAACCAGUUACUUAGUGACAUUUGGCCACUGAAAAAAGUCAUAGUAUGUCGUAAAAAGCUCAUCAUGAAUGUCAUAGUAUAGUGUAAUGAAGGUCUUUUGUAGGACAAUAUGUGUACAGUAGGUCUACGGGUAACAGAAGUAAGUAACAAACUGGAAGGGUUGAAUGUUGUAUUUAUGAUGAGAUGCAUCUCACUUAGUUUGGCUAGAUUUGUUACCUCAACAUAAUUUGCUCAUUGUGGUCUAUCAAUUGCCAAAAUGAUCUUUGAUUGAUUGAAUGAAGUAUUAACUGCUAAAAAUUAUAUUAAAAAAAGUUAUAAAAAGGUAUAGUAUGUAUAAAAAAAGUCAAAAAGUCACGGUAUAGUAUGUACAAUAAAGUCAUGAAAAGUCUUGAAAUAGUAAAUAAAUAGUCAAUGAAAAGUCAUGGUAUUGUAUAAGUAGGUACGUCUUAGUAGUGAAAGUUAAAAGUACUAAAAGUUCUAUAUACUAUGUUAAAAAAGGUUAUAGUAUAAUAUUUUUAAAAAGGCAUAUAGUAUUUGUUUACAGUAGGCCUGCUG